GCGCUUCUUUUUGCUUUUGGGUCCGCGGGCUCACCUUGUGUUUUUUUGUGUCCACUUCUUGAUCUAGCUUGGCAUUGCUUUGAUUUGCUUGGCGCAAGUGGGGAGAUUGCUGUGGGGCACCGUCUGACGUGUGCCACCCCAGCCGCCCGCCAUAGGGCGUCAACGUAACAGAGCCUAACAGGAUGCCCGCAACAUGUUUUAUGGAUGGGCUGGCGGGCGAUAUGCAGGUUGAGGACAACCAUCUCUUUGGCGAAGACUCCGAGAUCGCCGAAGGUGCUACAGAGAAGAUGAUCACAGGUUUGGGAAUCCUUAUUGGCUUCUCUUGGGAGCAAAGCUUUGACACUGCAGUUGAUGUCGUUGCAGAGGGGCUGAGACAUGACUGCCCGCCAACCAUCUCCAAGAUGUUGAUGUCGAUUUGUUUGGUGGUCAUUGUUUUUCCCGCUUGGCGGAUCUACAUCCUGCCGACCGAGCGGGAGCUCAGCGAGGAGACCACAGAAGAAGGGGCUGAGAAAGCUGUAUUGAAGGAGUAUGCGAAGCAGCAUUUUGAUCUCUUCUUGCACGGUCAGACGGACGAGAGUGAUCUCGACCGUGCGCAUUUGCUCAUGAAGAGACAUAGAAGAGCCGCACAUGGCAUUAAGCACCCCGGAAGUCAUAUGCCUCAGUUGAAACAUCUCAUGGUCACCAGCAGUGGCAUCGUGGAAGUCGACGCUCCGGAGGAACACCGGAACAAGGGCGAGAAGAAGAAAAAGAAGAAUGCCGGACACAAGAAGGAUCUUUCUGUGAGCCUGCUGGGCUGAGCCAACUGAGCCUUCGGGAGGAUAUUCGUUUCACCUGGCAGUGAUAUAUCUUCUCAAGCUGAUUGCCCAAGGAUGAGCGAAAAUGCAUGAA